AUGAAGGGAGAUUCUGUCCCUCUAGUCACUGAUGAUGCUCAUAUAAAGACAGAUAAUGUGAAGGUGUAUUUUGAAAAAACUCUCAUAGCUGAAAUCAGAGAAGGGAAGUUCACAUCAGUUAAAGAUGAAAUCAGAGAAGGGAAGUUCACACCUGUUAAAGAUGAAAUCAGAAAGAGACUGAAGCUGGAGCUGAAUGAUCAGACUGGAUCUCUCACCAUCACAAACACUGAAAUCACAUUAUCUGGACUAUAUGAACUGAAGAUCAUCGGCGGCAAUGCAGAGAUCACAUACAAGAAAUGUUUUGUUACUGUCAAUGGUAAAGAAAUGAUCAGAAAGACAGUGAAGGAGGGAAAUUCUGUCUCACUAUUCACAUUUACUGAAAUACAGAAAGAUGCCACCAUAAAGUGGAGAUUUGAAAACACUGUCAUAGCUGACAAAAACAAAACUGACAAUACAGUCUCAUUAAAGGAUGUUCUUGAUGGGAAGUUCAGAGAAAGACUGAAGGUAAACGAACACACUGGAUCUCUCACCAUCACAGAGUUCAACAUCACAGACACUGGAGAAUAUGAAUUAAACAUCACCAGCAGAAGAGCAACUGUACACCUGAAAUUUUAUGUUACUGUCUAUGGUCUUGAUACAGAUGACAAGACAGUGUCAGUGAUGAAGGGAGAUUCUGUCCCUCUAAUCACUGAUGAUGCUCAUAUAAAGACAGAUGAUGUGAACGUGUAUCAUGGAGACACUCUCAUAGCUGAAAUCAGAAGAGGGAAGAUCAGUUCACCUAUUAAUGAUGUAUUCAGAGAGAGACUGCAGGUGAAUCAUCAGACUGGAUCUCUCUUCAUCACAGACACCAGACGCUCAGACAAUGGAGUUUAUAAACUGAAGACCAUCAUCAGCACUGGAGAGAUCACAUAUAAGAGAAUAAUUGUUACUGUCAGAGGUGAUGAAGUGUUUACAGUGCCAGUGAUGGUGGGCGCUUCUGUCACUCUAAUAACUUUAGUUACUGGGAUACAAGAUGUUAUGGUAGUGUGGAAAUUUGAAAACACUAUCAUAGCUAACAAAAAGAAAGAGGAUGAAACAAUCUCAUUAUAUGAUGAUGCUCUUAAUGGGAAAUUCAGAGGAAGACUGAAGGUGGACAAACAGACUAGAUCUCUCACCAUCACAAACACCAGAAUCACAGACGCUGGAGAAUAUGACCUAAAGAUCAACAGCAGCAGAGUAAAUUUGCACAUGAGAUUCGAUGUUACUGUCUAUGGACGUUCCAGAUCAGGCAGUGUGGAUGAAUCAGAAAUGAUAGACAUGCAAGGGAAUGUGUCCACUCCUUUGUUGAAUAUUGAGGCUGCUGGUGGAGUUCAAGUUGGGGACUUCUGUUUGAAGACACUGCCACUCUUCAAGAAUGUGUGUAGUCUGUUCAGCCCAAACCUCAUACUCAUCCUCACCGUUGGGUGUGGGUGUCAACCCGGAGAAGGUGUGUUUGGUGUUGAUACAGAUAAAGUGAAGUCAGUGUCAGUGAUUGAGGGAGAUUCUGUCACUUUACACACUGAUGCAACUGAAAUACUGAGAGAGAAUUUGAUCAUGUGGACAUUUGGACCUGAUGGUAUUGCAAUAGGUAAAAUCAACCGUGAGGCAAGAAAAAGCUACACAUAUGAUGGUGCUGAUGAGGAAUUCAGAGGCAGACUGCUACUGAAUUUUCAGACUGGAGAUCUCACCAUCGAAAACAUUAGAACUGAACAUGGUGGACUUUAUAAACUAACCAACUCCAGCACACAGACCCCACUGAAGAUAUUUAAAGUUACUGUCUAUGUGGUGAAUGUGACACAGGUGACUCUCUCCUGGUACAAAGGAAACAGUUUAUUUUCCUCCAUCAGUGUGUCUGAUCUCAACAGCAGUCUCUCUCUACAUCUGGAGUGUCUCAAUGAUUCUUACAGCUGUGUGGUGAACAAUUCAUUCAGCAACCAGACUCAACAUCUCAACAUUACUGAAGUCUGUCAGCCGUGUUCAGGUGUGUUUGGUGUUGAGACAGAUGUAAUGAAGACAGUAAUAGAGGGAGAGUCUGUCACUCUAAACAUUGAUUACACUGGAAUAAAAUAUAUUCUGAUACAGUGGUUUGCACCUCAGCACCUUUAUAUAGCUCGAAUAGAUGGAGAUGACAAUAAAGUUUCAUAUGGUGAUGAUAAGAUGUUCAGAGACAGAGUGCAACUGGAUCAGACUGGAUCUCUCACUAUCAGAAACGUCAGAAUCAAACACUCUGGUCAAUAUGAAGCAGAGAUCCUCAGUAGCAGAGGAACCUCAUACCAGAAAUUUAAUCUUACUGUCCAUGAUUCUCCACGUGUGUCUAGUGAACAGACAGAAGAACUGAAGACACUGUCCUUGAAGGAGGGAGAUCCCGUCACUCUAAACACUGAUGUUUUUAAAACACAUGGAGAUGAGCUAAUACUGUGGAGGUUUGGAUCUGAAGGCUCUCUCGUAGCAAAAUGUGAUCUAGAGGACAAUAAUAUCCUUUUAUUAUCUGAUGGUGCUGAUGAGAGAUUCAGUGGUAGACUGCAGCUGGAUCAGACUGGAUCUCUCACCAUUACAAACACCAGAAUCACAGACACUGGACUUUAUAAACUACAGAUCACCAAUAACAGAGAGACUAAAUACAAGAGAUUCAGUGUUACUGUCAGUGCUGCUGAGAACCAGAGGAACCGCUGCCAUCUGCCGAAUAAGGGGAGGAGCGAGCUGGUGUCCGCCAGAGGGCGGAGGAGCGGUUUAGGACCGGGCGACAGUGCGUCCGGAAGCCGGCGACAAGUUCUUCUCUCUCUCUCCUCUCUCUCUCGGUGUGUCACCCUUUCCCUCUCCUCACACCUCCCCUUGUCUCUCCCCCAGGUUCGCAGGAGGUGGGGUGGACCUGAAUUGGGUGGGGGAUUCGUUGUUCAAUGUACGCUGAAGGGAUUCCUGUCCGGUUUGUGUUCUAUCUGUCGGUCUGUGCUGCAGGUUCUGGAGAUCCCUGUGCUGAGCCUGGUCCAGGAGGCAGAGGGGCUGGUUGCUAACCACCAGGAGGUGGAAGGGCCUGCUGCUGACCUCCAGGAGGCGGAGUGGCCCACUGCUGACCACCAGGAGGUGGAGGGGCCCGAGACCGUCAACAAGCCUGUCCUGUUCCCUUCCCCCGUGGCCAUCGACAAGCCUGUUCAGUCACCAGUAGCCACCGCUCAGGCUUACCCUUCACCAGUAGCCAACAACGAGAUUGUCCACUUCCCUCCCACCACCCUGCCUGACCUCGUCUCUGUCACAAGGCUGCCAGACAUUCUUCCUGUCCUGAGGCUGCCCGACCUCAUCUCCACUCUGUUCCUGAGAAAUGCCACUGCUAAUGAUUUUCUCUCUUUAGCUGUUAUAGAUCCGGAUCUGUCUUCAGGUGCUGUAGCAGGAAUAUGUGUUGUUGUUCUGCUCGUAGCUGCAGCUGUAAUUACUGGUGUGAUUUACUAUCGCAACCGGAUCUCUGAACUAAAAACACAAAUGGAUGAAAAGACAGUGUUAGUGAUGAAGGGAGAUUCUGUCCUUCUAAGCACUGAUGAUUCUCAUAUACAGACAGAUGAUGUGAAUGUGUAUUUUGGAGACACACUUAUAGCUGAAGUCAGAAGAGGGAAUAUCACAUCACCUGUUAAUGAUGUAUUCAGAGACAGACUGCAGCUGCAUCAGACUGGAUCUCUCUCCAUCACAAACACAGAAUACACAGACUCUGGACUUUAUGAACUGAAGAUCAGCAGCAGAGAAAUCACAUACAAGAGAUUAACUGUUACUGUUUGUGGUGAACUGAUCCCAAUGCCAGUGAUGGAGGGAGGUUCUGUCACUCUAAACACGUUUACUGUAAUAGUGGAAGAUGCUGAGAUAGUGUGGAGUUUUGAAAACACUGUCAUAGCUAACAAAAACAAAGAGGAUGAAACAAUGUCAUUAUAUGAUGAUGAUCUUGAUGGGAGAUUCAGAGGAAGACUGAAGGUGAACAAACAGACUGGAUCUCUCACAAUCACAAACAUCAGAAUCUCACACUCUGGAGUUUAUGAACUAAACAUCACCAGCAGCAGAGCAAGUGUACACGAGAAAUUCAGGGUUACUCUCAAUGAACGUUCCAGAUCAGGCAGUGUGAAUGAAUCAACUGCGAAAAACAUGCUUGAUGUUACUGAAGCUGUUCAUGAUGGAGCAAAUGAGAUGGAUCCUUUGUUGAACAUCAAGGAUGCUGUUGGAGUGAAUGAGUAUCUGUGAAGUCCUGUUUGAGUUAAAGAGAUGUUCAACAGCACUAGUGUGAAUCACUGUUACAUUAUUAACAUUUUAAUUCCAUCAACAAUAACAACAACACAUUUUUGCUUUCAUGAGUAUCUGUAAAUCAUCCAGCAAAAAUGAGAAACCAACAUGUGUUGUUGAGCUGUGAAACUGAAGAGUAAGAAGCUUCUUUAGUUUUCGAUAAACAGUGAAAUAUGCUUUUGUUUUCAGGUUAUUGGAGCAGUUUGGAGCACUUCCCCACAGUCACUGAAAACUGCAGUUGUCAAACACUUUCUAAAAAAAGAUUAUACAACUAUGGACCAAUCUCAAAUCUCCCUUUCAUAGGAAAGAUAAUUGAAAUAGUUGUUUUCAGUCAGCUGAUCAAAUUCUUAACUUGGGCAAUCUUCAGUCUGGUUUCUGAUAAUAAUUGAUAUUGGAAAUUAUAUUGAUAAUGAUAAUAAACAUUCUCCUGGACAGACUGAAAAAUUGGGUAGGGCUCUCUUGGACGGUCCUCAGCUGGUUCAGGUCAUAUCUACAAGGGAGGGGUUACUAUGUGAACAUAGGCAACUAUGAAUCUGAAUGGACAUCCAUGACGUGUGGAGUCCCGCAAGGCUCAAUUCUUGUGCCGCUUCUGUUCAAAUGUAUAUGCUCCCACAAGGCCAAAUUAUUAAAAAAGAACCUAAUUGCGUACCAUAGCUAUGAAGACGACACCCAGAUCUAUCUAGCCCUAUCGCCAAAUGACUUCAGCCCCAUAGACUCUCUGUGCCAGUGCAUUGAUGAAAUUAACAGCUGGAUGUGCCAAAACUUCCAUUAGUUAAAGCUGGAGUAUAUAUGUUCUGCAACACUAGUGCCACCAAACAGAAUUGCAAAAAUAAACAAUGUUUUCAAAACAUUUUUCAGAAUUUGCCCCCGUCUGUUUUGGAUUGAACAAAAAGAUAGUCUCGCCCCCAACUCACGCCAUUGUUCGAGUAAUGUUGUUGGGGCAGGUCGAUCAAAACAAACACAGGACUUUUUAUAGCGCUACAGAGACCGUUUACAGUUUUCGAGAAAAUUAACCUAUGAAUGGCUUACUUACAGUUGUCUCUGCAUAUUAAGCUGAGUUAGAAGAAAGUAUUUUUACAGUAUUUUAAAAGGGUCAGGGCAAGUAUUUUAAAAAGUUACAUAACUAAGCUUUAAACAAAGACAAGACAUGUCAUUGUAUUUAGCAAAAAAGAUGAAAUUUCCAAGAUGAACACAUACCUUGACUUCAGGGGUAUAAAGACAAAAAUCAAGAAAGGAAUCUUAGUGUUGUUUUGGAGUCAGACCUUAGUUUCAGUAGUAAUGUCAAAGCAAUAACUAAAUCAGCCUACUAUCAUCUAAAAAUAUAGCCAGAAUAAGAUGUUUUGCAUCCAGUCAAGAGGCAGAGAAACUUGUUCAUACAUUCAUCACCAGUAGGGUGGACUACUGCAAUGGACUCCUCACCGCCUUCCCAAAAAGGCCAUUUGACACCUAUAUAUAAUAUAUAUUAUAAUGUAUUGUUAAUCACAGUAGUAAUUACAGAAGAGCACAUGAUGACAUGAAGUUCAUCAAUAAUGACUCUUCCAGGAGUAAUGAUCAAUAAACAUGUAGAGCUCAGAGUCACUCACACAUCCGGGUAACACGUGAAAUUAAAAUAAUGCAAUAAACAUUAACUAAUCUACAUCAAAUGUAACACAUCCCAAUUUAUAUAACUGAUAUUAAAAAUAAGAAGAAACAGAACAAUUCCCAUAAAAUAUACUGAAAUGUAAUGGGUCACAGGGAAUUCUGGGAACGCCCGAUUAUUGUUUUUUCCAUAAUUUUAACAAUAAUUUACCGUAAAAGUACAUUUUUACAUCUACAUUUUUUUUUACGGCAUUUUAUCGUAACAUUACUUGUAUUUUCUUUUUAAAUAUAUUAUACAUUUUUACCGUAUAUUUCAAGGUAACGACCCGUUAAACAAUUAACGUUUUUUUUACUGUAGCAUUUUUACAGUCUUUUACCGUUAAAAUUACGGACAUUGUUUUACAUUGCAGGGAUACUCAACUUUUAAAAUACAGAAACUGUUAUUCUCUGAGCUCUUACUGACUGUUAAUGUUAUUUUUUAUUCAGUUUAAUAGAGAAUAUAGAAUAUAGUUAUUCACACUCACAGUAUUCCUGUUCUUACAGAAUAAAAAAAAGAAAGAAAAUAUAUUUGGAGCUGUCCAAUCCUGAGCUGUAACAGUCGUCAUCACUGUUCUAGUGUGUAUGAAGAAUCUCACUCAUCUUAAAACAAUUGAUGCAUUUAUUUACUUGUAGUGUAAAUAAACUACAAUGUUACUUUUACAUUUUAUUGUGUUAUUUGCAGCACUUAGAAGUAUUGUAAUCAAAUGUGCAGUGUAUGUUGUACACACAAUAUGUCGAAAUAUUUUAAACAUGAAGCACAAAUUCUUUAGACUUUAAGCUGCAUACAGAUACGUGGAUGUUCUUUGAGACUAAUGCAAUCUUUACACUGCAAAGGUGGCACAGAAGUGGCAUCUAAAUUGGCAUUUAUGUGUAUUUGUCUGUUUAAUGCUGCUCAGAGCAGACACAAAUGCAUAUAAAUGGUAUGAGAUUAAUGUUUUAAAUUUACAAUUAUGAAUAUAGAAAUAUUAAAUAAAUGAAAAUAUGAAGUUAUACUUUUAAAUAAAUAAAUGAUAAAAGGUAGGGUCUAUCAUGACAACAACAACGUUUAAGGCUGCUGUGAUACUGUAAUUACACAGAACCAAAGCAGCAUCAGAGGUGGGUCAGAGCGGGCAUCAUUUAGUCUGGCAUUUAUGCGCCAUUGCGUCAGCACAGGAUUGUUAAAGGCUUAAAUGGACUGUGUAAAGAAGACUUGAUUUUAUCACAGUCUUGUCAUAUUCAGUGGUUCAUAAUUAGUCUAUGAAGCAGACAGGGGUCUUUAUUUCAUGAUUGUCAUUAGAAUAUUUUAUAUUAAAACACAUAAUGCAUCGUUAUUAUUACAUAGAUAGAUAUUCUCUGUGCUCAAGACUCAAUGAAUGCACAAGAAAGAAAUAGAAAUGUCGAAGUUCAAAAUAAUGAGAUCUUUUCACCUGAUUCAUGUCUGAUGUUCCAGAGAGGAUUGUGCUGAGACCAAAUGAUUAAGAGUGACCUGAUCAUCAGGUGAGGGGUGACAGUGAACACAUGGAGGAGAGCGUUGAAUGAGGAAUAUGUGGUAAACAUAUUUUAUUACAGAAUCAAUCUUUUUGUUAUUGACUUAAUCCCAGUAAGUGCUAUCUAAAGGGAGGAUCUGUGGAAAUUGAUAGUUUUGAAAUCUAGCUAAGCAUGGACUCGUUUAUUUGCUAAUGCUAGCUAGUGUGAGUCUUUCCUGUGGAUGUGCUAACAUUGUGAAAUAAGCAAAACACACUAUCUGACUAGGAAAUGUGUACCCAGAUAGCGUUCUGGACUACCAGAAAUGCUCAAAUCUCCCCUAGCACCGGUGGAUUAUAUCACAACAUUGUGAUUACCUCCAAUCAAUGAAUGACAACAGUAAGAUGUAUUUUCUGUCAAACAGGGGUUUGCUUGUCGUCCAGAUUAAUUGUUUGCAGUGAUAAAUAUUGUAACUUCCGGUAUGAAGUCAAUGAAAUCUGAAUUGUGUAAUUUUAUGAUUUUAAAAUACUUUCUCCUGUCCCAGUUUAAUGUUAGUGAUGAGUGUGUUUUUGUAACUCCGUUUGGUGGCGCAGAAAUGACAGAUUUCACUUUAGCAACACUUGUAAAGUUACUCUGGUUCUUCCAUUAUUAGUUUGAGUAGUGUAACAACCAUAAUAGCUACAAUACUCAAAACUAUUCAAACACAUGUUUGCAUUCAGAAUGUAUGAUUAAAAGUCAUCGAGAACAUAUUGCUUUUCUCUUGAGUUUUUUCACAAAUGCAAUCUUGAGGUAACCAUAAAGUAAUCUGAUUACUUUCUAAUCAAGGUAACUGGAUUACGUUACUGAUCAGCAUUUGUAACGGAUUACAUUUUUAAAGUAACCCUCCCCACGCUGACCAAGACAAGAUGGUUCUUUUAAUGAUAAAACAUAUUCGUAUCAGAUUUUGAGAAAUAGGUCUAAUUUAGAUCACAUGUUUGAUUAAAAAACAAAAACAACAGGCAUUUUAGAGCAGCUUAUAUGAAAUGUUCUUUUCCCUUUAAAGAAACAAAUCUGUUUCAGAUUUCUAGAUGAAAUAUGUGCUUCUCAUAAGGGAUUAUGUUUAAAGUUUAAUAUUGGAAAUGCUCUUUGCCACUUCUGAAGCUCCUUUACUGAGGAUAGAAAUAUAAUUUAUUUUUGUGUGAAUUUUAAGGUGUCUUGGAAAAGAGAACAGCUAAUAGAAAAUAAUGUGGUUGGUGAUGCUUUCUCACUCACAUUUCAUGCAUAUAAAAUAUCACACUUUAUAUAUAUAUAUAUAUAUAUAUAAAAUACACAAAAAAAGAUAGCUUGUUCUAUUUACAAAUCACUUGUUUUUCUUUUUGUGACCCUAACUCCUCAUAAUAUUGUUCACAAGCCCUUUGUCACUAUGAAAACUAAAAGGCAAAUGCUGUUUGCACUGAGUGUAAAUAGCAACAAAAAUCAUCAUCUUUGCACUAAGUGGAAAUAGUGUUAGAUGAUAGUUGCAACCUGGUGCAAAAACACUCUACAUCCACCCUGAGCACUAAACCUAACCUUACAAAAAAUAACCAUGGUUUUACUACAGUAACCAUAGUAUUACUAUGGUAUUUUGUAGUAAAAUCAUAGUAACCACAAAAUUAAAUCAUGGUUACUAUAUUAACACCAUAAUACUAUAGUAAAAACAUGGUUAAUUGCAUUAUAACUAUGGCUUCUGCUAAAAAAAACACGGUUACUCGCACUGUGGCAGGUGCUAUUUACACCUAGUGCAAAAUGCAAAUAGUCACUCCGAACAUUAAAAUGAUGUUUGGCAGACUGAUUCACUUUCACUGCAUCUUUUAUUCUGUGCACUGACAGUGAAUGGUGACUGAUACUAUUAGUCUCUAACAUUCUGCCCAACAACAUCAUCUUUUGUGUUCCACAAAAGAAAAGUCUUGGAAGCGUCAGUAAGAAUAGAUUUGACAAUUAUAAUCAAACCUAUGUGUGCUAUUGUUUAACAGCUGAAGUGAAUUUAUAGCCAUAUUAAUAUCAGCUAU